AUUCAUUUAGAAUUUAAGAAUUUACGCUAAGAAAGUGUAUUUGAACACCAACUAUUUUUUUAGAAUAUGAAAUUCUAUUGAAAGUUAUCAAUAUAAAAUCAAAACAAAAAAAUUGGAAGGAGUUUUCAUUCAAAAUGUUUGUUUUCCAGCGCAGCGCCAUCUUGUGUAAUUUCUUUCAGUUGAAUGAACCGAAGCGGAUGGAAAAAUCGGUGUUAGUUUUUCCCUUUGAAAUGUGUGUUGACUGGAAGUCAUAAUUUUCCAGUGUUGUCGUCUAGCGUACGAGAGAGUUUUCCGACAUUUGUACAUUCCGUAAAUCAGUCUAACGCAAUGCUUCAUGGUGAACAAACAUGAAUGAGCACUCACUCCAAUUCGCAUAAUUAUCGGAUAAAUAACAAGAGCCAAAAAAAAACAACAACAACAACACCUAUAAAAUAUUGUGAAAAUAAGUCCAUAAAACACACAAUUUCGGAGGUAAAACGAGUGAGAUUAUCCAAUUUAGUAAUUGUUCAUGAAUAAUUGUGCUAUUUGUGGACAAUGAUAUAGACAGAUAGUGAUAAUUUCAUCGAGAGAGCUCUGUUUACGUGAAACAAAGACAAGAAAACCCAAUAAAAUUCGUCGAAACGUUUAAUGUGUUUCGUUCGUUGAAGAAAAUUGUGACACUUUUUCCUCCAUUCAAGCUCGAAAUUCGUGUGGCAAUUUAUACCGAGAAAAAAAUCCUGCACCACGCAUUAUAAAGAAAAAAGCAAUAUAGUUGAUGGGUGAUUUGUUUGAUAGAGAAACGCCAAGCCCAACGAAACGCAAAGAAACGACAACAUUAUUGCUGAUGAUAACAAAAAAAAUCCAACGAAUUUGGACGGAGCCAUAAAAUAUCGCCUUUCGAAACCGUUUGUAAAUUUAGUGUGCAAAAGGAAAAAUACCGCAUUGAAAAAAUGCCAAAUCGUGUUUACAUGCGUAUUCGCCAAUGUGAAUGAACUAUUGUGUCGUGCAGCAAAAUGAAAUAACAAAAAAAAAACAGCGACAGAGAGUGUCACGGGAUUGAGUUUUAGAACAAAAAUAUAUAUCUAUCUAUAAAACGUGAACAUUUUCGUGAAGUGCACCACUGUAACUUUCUUUAAGUAAUUGUCUAUCCGUUUUCUUUUGUCUGCUGAAGUGCAAGUGUCUCUCAAUAGAGAGGAGUAGAAAAGUGUUGAGACUGAACAUAAAAAAAAACAACAAAACGAAUGAAACAAAAGAGAGGCACUCAGCCAUACGGUGGAUAUGUGGUUCACCUGGAUUAAUAAUACUCAAUCAGGAUAAAGCAGGAAAAACUGGAGAGAUACGUAUACAAAAGAGUGUAAAAAACAGUGUUUAUAUAACCAAACCAGGUUUGUUAGUCAUCGAUCUGUGUUUGUUCAAAAGUUUUGUGCUCGGGGAUUUUGUAGUGUGUUCACACGGCUGGUAAACCAUUCUAUUUGCCAGUUCUAUUCGAAUUUCAUUCAAACCGCUUCUAUUAUGAUGAAAUAAACAAGUAUAAAGUUAAUGAAUCGAUAAGAUAAACCGAAAUCGUAACCACUCACUUUCAAUCGAAUUUUCAAAACUAAAUUCUAAGGCAAAAAAGGCAUCAAGCUGACUGAAAAACGCGCAGCCACGGAGGACGAGCACUUGAAUAUGCUGGAUCCAGUGACAAACGAAAUUAUUUACGCAUCAAAUGGAUGUGAUGAGAUACAUGAGUCGGAAGAUACGGGCAACGAAGAUGUCAACGAUGACAAUAAUCUAGAAUCGAAUAUUCGACGACGCAAAGGGAAAAUCAUAUCGUGUGCCAAAGAAACCAUCGAACAAGCUUCCAGACAAAUACGACGUCGAGUACCUUAUGCUGGCCAUUUAAUGACACCACGUCGCUUAUGGUUGAACAAAAUACCAACGUUGUGUGAUGUGGUUAUUGAAUUUCCAGGUGACGCACCUGAUGAGGCACUAAGAUGGCUAUUAUCACGUAUUCGAGCACAGCCACCCAUUGGGCUGGGCCUACAAACAACGGUCAAAGCGCACGAGAGCACAAAGUGUACGGCAUUUUAUGUGUCAGCUCCAGCGAACAUUUUGUAUCGGGCGGCCGAAGAAGCGCGACUUCCGAAACGAUUGCGAUCCGAUUUGGGUGGUACGCUGCGAGAGUUUACGUCACGUGAAUGUCAUUGCUUUGCUCAAACAAAGAACCAAGAUGGCACGGCCGCAUUGUUCACAUCACAAGAAAGACAGUGGCUGGUUCUUCAAGUUUUACAAGGUCUUCGAGCCGGUACCACCGAUUUGACAGCGUUACAGGGCAGAGCAAGCGUCGAAGACGGACAAAGUAUAGUCGCGGCCUGGCAACAAAGUGGUUUAAUCCAUCAGAUUUUUCCAUUACACGAAACAAGCGCCUUAACUAGUUUGCAAUUAAAUUGGGUACGAAAGCUAUUCAGUGCACAGCCUCUUGAUGCCAUUGCUGAGUACUUUGGGGUCAAAGUUGGAUUGUAUUUCGCAUGGUUAGGUCAUUAUACGUGCGCACUGGGUGUACCAGCGAUAUUUGGCACCAUUCUAUGGGCAGCACUGUACAACAGUGGACAAAUCGCUCAAGAUGUUGGUCAUGUGAUAUUCUCUUUAUUUAACGUUGCCUGGGCAUCACUGUAUUUGGAAGCAUGGCGACGCUAUUCCGUUGAGCUUGCAUUUCGAUGGGGAACGCUUUCAACGCCACCAGAUUUAUUAGAACCACCUCGACCAUUGUACAAAGGUAAAUUGGAUGUGAGUUCAGUGACUGGGCGACUGGAACCAAAAGAAGCGCCAGCAUGGCAACGGCUUGCAUUUCGCUAUUUAGUGAGUUUUCCAAUUAUCGGUCUGUGCUUGGCAUUAGUGUUCGCUGUCAUGUUCACCAUGCUACAACUUCAGGAUUGGGCUGAUGCCAAAUUACCAGAAAAAGGCUUAUUCAGUUGCCUAAGCGUGAUACCCAAGGUUUUAUUGGCGGGCGCAAUAACAUUAAUGGACGAAGCUUAUUUUAAAUUAGCCGUUUGGCUUAACGAUAGAGAAAAUUAUCGGCUUCAAUCGAAAUACGAAAAUCAUCUGAUUGCAAAAGUGGCGCUGUUUCAGUUUGUGAACUCGUUUCUGUCAUUGUUCUACAUUGCCUUUUAUUUGCGUGAUCAAGACAAAUUGAAGGAGCAACUGGCCGGACUUUUAAUAUCUCGACAAAUUAUCGGAAAUUUACGUGAGUCUGUGUUUCCGUACUUUAUGGAACAGCUCAAACUUGCCAAGUUGAGCUUUGCAUUGGGUGGUGCAUUUAGCCCAACACAAGAACCAGCUAAACCAAUCAGCAACGAUAGCAAGAAAAAUGAUGAUAUCAAGGAAACUAAUAACACAUCGACACCAGGCACACCGAAGCGAACGAUUGGCCAAGCUGAAAUCGAAAGUUCGUACUAUAAAUAUGAUGGCACAUUCUCUGAUCAUUUGGAAAUGCUCGUACAAAUGGGUUAUGUGGUCCUGUUCUCUGCUGCAUUCCCUUUGGCUGGCGUAUGUGCGUUAGCGAAUAAUUUAUUGGAAAUUCGUUCGGACGCUUUCAAAUUGGUACAUGUACACCAGCGACCGUUUGGGCAACGUGUUGCCAAUAUUGGAACAUGGCAAACGGCACUUAGUUUCUUGAGUUUGGCCGCUGUGAUUGUGAAUUGUGCUUUAAUCGGUUUAUCGGGACAGGUUUCACGACUAUGGCCGGGCUUAAGUGCAGCUCAAACAAUUAUAUUGAUUGUUGCAUUGGAACACGUUAUGCUUGGCCUAAGGUCAGCGCUCACUUGGAUUUUGCCCGAACUGCCAACGUGGCUGGCAGCGGAAAUUGCUCGCGCCGAACAUUGCAGACAUGAAAUGCAGGUUAAAGGUACUUCACCCAGACAAACUCCACCAACGCCAUCGUCAAUGGCAUCCGUUUCACGGCCAAAUGACGAUCAAGAGGAAACAACACCGUACACAGAACUCAACGAUCAACUUGACGAUGAAAUCACUUUCAUACCAAUUAGCCCAAGGGCGACCAACUUCAAUGUACAUGACAUUUUGAAUGCGAACAUUGAAGCAGAUGUCAGCAUUAAUGAAGCUUUGAACAAGGAAUUCACACCAGAUUCGCCCGUUGUUCAGCAAUUGAGUAAGCCACCUUUUGAAUCGCACACCAGAGUGUCGAUGCAGAAUUUACGCCUGGAAAUUCCACCGUAUGCCGGCGCAUGUAAAAAUUGCAAGCAGAUCAUGAAAAUCGAAAUACCUCCAUUUGGCGGAAAUCGAAAAAUGCACGCUUUACCAACCGGGCCAUCAACAAGCGCCUCGUUUCGAGUAUCAUCGCAGCCGAUGAAAAUAUUGGAAAUUCCACAGUAUCGGAAAAAUCAAUUGAAUCAAAAUCCAACAGCGAUAGUGAAUCCAUCGCCGCCGCGUGGCAUUCCGGAAAUUCCAGCAUUCAAGCCGAGAAACUCGAAUGACUGGCAACCAAAUGCGAUCGAUAAUAGCAAUCAGGAAUUCCAACAGCUGCACAUACCGCCAGCAAUGAAUUCCGAUCUAGUGCGUCGUUUGAAAAAUUCUGAAUCAACAUCGGUUCAUCGAAGUAUUGAUUGCAUUGUGGCCGGCAGCAAGGAUGCACACACCGCGAAAGCGGAUUCAGCAAUGAAAGUGGCACCAUCAUGGACAAAUGUCGCACAACGAUCCGAAUCGAUAUCAAGCACAACCGGAGUCGUUCGGUCUAGUGGCUCGAAAAAGUCAUCAAUCGAUGACGAAACAAAAGCUGCUGAGCUAGCGGCGAAGAAGUCCCGCGUCAAGCAGAGCCUGAUUAAACGAGCGAGAUCCGUGGCCAUAUUCUCAUUGAAACUCAAGGAACGACGAGCUCGAGAGGCUGAAAAACAAGCAUACAAUCUUGCUGAACAGGAAAAAGCAAUGAAUCCACAACCGCCCGGAGGAGAGCUUGACAUGAUUGGCAUCGAACAACUCAUCCAAAUCGACGAUAUUCAAAAUAACAAAUAGGCUGAAAUUCAAUUGAACCAAGCAUUGGAAAUGGGGCAUUAUGAAAAAAUGAUGAAGCUACAGCACAAACGGAACGGAACGUAAAUCAAAAUCGAAGGUCAACCAUGAGAAGAAUGACACAUGCACACCAUUAGAGGCUGUAGAAAAACUGAAAUAAAACUCCGAUUUUUUAAUCAAGAGAACGAUUUUAUCCAAUAGAAACUACAUGCAAAUUAAAAUAUAGAAUAAAAAAACAGUAGAAUAGCAAGCCAUAGUACAUACAGGAUAGUGAGAGGCAAGCAAAAUUUAAACAAGGCCUAUUAGCUCUACCCUUGAAAUUGUCUGAGAUUGAAAAUAUUGUUGAAAUUGAAUCAGGGCUUCAAAGCAGCAUUAUAAUUUUUCCGCUCUUGCGAAAAAAUAAAAUAUACAGAAAUAUAUAUAGAACAUCCCUAAUCACCCUCUUGAAAACUGCUUGAAUUUAGAGCAUUCAAUUUACGUUGCUAACAAUAAAAAAAAACACAGAAAAUAUUCGGAGCUUCUUUCGGAAUUGAUUUUUAGCCAAUGAAAACGUUCAUAAUAAUACUAGAGAAGAAAAACACACACACAACUAAUUAAAAUAGACUAUCGAUAAUUCUGUGAAUUAUCAAAAACAAAAACAAAAAACAAAGGGGAAUCAUUGAACAAAAAAUAAACUAGGUGAAAAUAUGUAUUUAGCAAAUGCAAGAAUUAGCUGAAGAUGUUAGACCAAUGCAAAGAAUUAUUAUCUCGAAUACUGUGCCUGCUUUUUUGGAAAGUGUAGGGAAUCAAACCAAGGAACAUUAAUGCGAGAAUGUUUGAAUAUAUCGGUACAUUUUUCUAAGUAAAAAUGGCAGUCAAAAUGGAUCUUAAAGCAAAAUGCUAACUUUUAGUCGUUAGCCGGACUGUUGAAUAUUCAAUAUGGCUAAAUUUCAAGAGAAAAGAAUGAAAAGACAAGAGCAAUAUUUGAUCCGGUUUGAAAUUGGUAGAAUGAUUGCAAUAAUAUCAAAGUACAACACAGAUACACACGUCCAACAAAUGUGAUGUCCGAACCAUUUUCAAAAGUGAUCCGCGUGAAAAAUAAUACCACACCGAGUUAAACAUGUGAUCAAGUUCACGUUGUUGUAAAAAGUGACCAUUAAUCGUGUUUUUAAUGUAGCGACCACUCCCAAUCGUUUGACGGCGUCAUGAGAUGUCGUGUGUUUGACCUUUUGGUCAUGCUCCAAAAUCUACUGGAUUUCACAUUUUUUUCUCUUUUAAUUUGUUUCUUGUUCGGCUGUUAAUCAAAUUUUUAUAUUUUCGCUUGACAUCAUCGACAAUAGCUAAAUGCUCAUAUCUAAUGCAUGGUGAUCGUAUUGUAUGUAUGUGUGCGCGCGCAAAAACUAAAAUUACACCAACAGAACACGAAAUCUCCAUUUUUUUUUCUCUAAACAUUCUAUACCGUGAACCGUAUAAAUUAUAUGUAAACAAUCCCAAAAUACUAAUAAAAAUGUUAUAAAAACGAGUAAUAGCGCAGCAUGGAAUUUAGUGGAAAUACGGUAUUAAUGCAUAGGCAUAUAGACAACAACUGAGUUGAGACACAAAAUGAUAGAUCUGCAAAUAAAUCAAAAUCAAAUCGAAUAAAACUCCCAUUUUAUACAUAAUAAAUAGUUAGCGAUAGAGAAUGCACACUAUGGAAAUGAUUCCAAAUUAAAUGAGAAAUAAAUCACAUUUUAAACCACAAAAAA